GGGGCAGAUCAAUGCGCGCAUUCCAGCUCAUUGUAACUGUAGCGGCAUGUGAUUUCAGCCCGUAAUGUCCGCGCGCUGGAUUGAGCACAAUGCGGUGAAUAUGGUGCCACUUGGAAACACGGAGCUCUACGCACAAUUUACUUUGCAAUUACUUUUGAAGCUGUUAAUACGGAGUGAAACCGCAGCUGUGUCGCUCAAGGUUGUUUUGCUGAGGUGACUACAGAGCCAUGAGGUCCUCAUCCUCGCGUUUAUCUAGUUUUUCCUCCAGGGAUUCUUUAUGGAGUCGGAUGCCGGAUCAGAUCUCCGUGUCCGAGUUUCUCUCGGAGACGACGGAGGAUUACAAUUCCCCCACGACAUCAAGCUUCACCACCCGCUUGCAGAGCUGUCGGAACACGGUCAAUGUUCUGGAAGAGGCUUUGGACCAGGACCGAACAGCUUUACAAAAGGUCAAGAAAUCAGUCAAAGCAAUCUACAACUCGGGUCAAGAACAUGUGCAGAAUGAGGAGAAUUAUGGACAGGCACUGGACAAGUUUGGCAGCAACUUCAUCAGCCGAGAUAACUCUGAUCUGGGAACAGCCUUCAUCAAAUUCUCUGGCCUUAUCAAGGAACUGGCUGCUCUCCUCAAGAACCUGCUCCAGAGUCUCAGCCACAAUGUCAUCUUCACCCUGGACUCUCUGCUCAAAGGAGAUCUGAAGGGAGUGAAGGGGGAUCUUAAAAAGCCGUUCGACAAGGCCUGGAAAGACUAUGAGACCAAGUUCACAAAGAUUGAGAAGGAGAAGAGGGAACAUGCCAAGCAGCACGGCAUGAUCCGUACAGAGAUCACCGGCGCAGAAAUCGCAGAGGAGAUGGAGAAGGAACGGAGGAUCUUUCAACUGCAGAUGUGUGAGUACCUGAUCAAAGUGAACGAGAUUAAGACCAAGAAGGGAGUGGAUCUCCUCCAGAAUCUCAUCAAGUAUUAUCAUGCACAGUGCAAUUUUUUCCAGGACGGCUUGAAAACUGCUGACAAGUUGAAGCAGUAUAUUGAGAAAUUAGCAGCUGAUCUCUAUAAUAUAAAACAGACCCAGGACGAAGAGAAAAAACAGCUCACGGCUCUCAGAGACCUCAUUAAAUCGUCUUUACAACUGGACCAGAAAGAGGAUUCUCAGAGCAAGCAGAGCGGAUACAGUAUGCAUCAGCUGCAGGGCAAUAAGGAGUUUGGCAGUGAGAAGAAGGGCUAUUUGUUUAAGAAGAGUGAUGGGAUUCGUAAGGUGUGGCAGAGGAGGAAGUGCUCAGUAAAAAAUGGCAUUCUUACCAUCUCCCAUGCCACAUCCAACAGGCAACCCGUGAGACUGAAUCUGCUGACCUGCCAGGUUAAACCCAGCGGAGAGGAUAAGAAGUGCUUUGACCUCAUCUCCCAUAAUCGAACAUAUCAUUUCCAGGCAGAGGAUGAACAGGAGUUUGUGAUAUGGAUCUCAGUGCUGACUAACAGUAAGGAGGAGGCUCUGAACAUGGCGUUCCGUGGGGAGCAGAGUGCUGGAGAUGACAGUUUGGAAGACCUGACCAAAGCCAUCAUCGAGGACGUGCUGCGCAUGCCUGGAAACGAAGUCUGCUGCGACUGUGGCGCACCAGAGCCUAAAUGGUUAUCCACUAACUUGGGCAUCCUGACAUGCAUCGAGUGUUCAGGGAUUCACAGGGAAAUGGGAGUCCAUAUUUCACGCAUCCAGUCCAUGGAACUCGACAAACUCGGCACCUCUGAACUCUUGCUGGCUAAGAAUGUGGGUAACAGCAGUUUUAAUGAAAUAUUAGAAGGGAAUCUGCCGAGUCCUUCACCAAAGCCAGCACCAUCAAGUGACAUGAAUGAGAGGAAGGAGUACAUAAACGCGAAGUACGUGGAGCACAGGUUUGCUCGGAGGACAGCCACUACAGCCACAGCCAGACAGGGUGACUUGUACGAGGCUGUGAGAACUCGAGACCUGAUGGCUCUUAUUCAGCUUUAUGCAGAUGGAGUGGAGCUAAUGGAUCCCUUUCCAGAAGCAGGACAGGACCCGGGAGAGACAGCGCUGCACUUUGCUGUGCGGACAUCAGACCAGACCUCGCUGCACCUAGUGGACUUUCUUGUACAAAACAGUGGAACUCUAGACAGACAGACGGAUAGUGGAAACGCUGCUCUCCAUUACUGCUGCACAUAUGAGAAGCCAGAGUGUCUCAAACUGCUGCUCAGGGGAAAACCAUCUAUUGACCUGGCAAAUCAAAAUGGGGAGACGGCUUUGGACAUUGCCAGACGACUGAAAAAUACACAGUGUGAAGACCUACUGCUGGAGGCAGCAGCCGGGAGGUUUAAUCCUCACGUGCAUGUGGAGUAUGAGUGGAAUCUGCGCCUGGAAGAGAUCGACGAAAGUGACGAUGACCUAGAUGACAAGCCCAGUCCAGUGAAAAAAGAGCGUUCCCCCCGGCCUCAGAGCUUUUGUCAUUCCUCAAGCGUGUCCCCUCAGGAGAAGCUGUCUUUGCCGGGGUAUUUAGGACCCAGGGACAAACAGCGACUCUCCUACGGAGCCUUUGCCAAUCCAGUCUACAGCACCUCCACUGAUACACCUGCAUCUCCAGUAUCAGAGGGGCCCACAAUAGCCAGCAAGACCACUCCAAAAGCUCCGUCCACUGGACCGCCCACCUCCCUGCCACUGGGAUCGCAAUCGAGUGCAGGAGGCAGCUCCACUCUGUCUAAGAAGAGAGCGCCUCCUCCACCUCCCGGACACAAGCGCACCCUCUCAGACCCCCCCAGCCCCGUACUUCAGGGCCCGCAGAGCAAAGGAAGCGAGUCCACUCCUCCUUCUGCAAAUCGGACAUCCCCGGCUAAUAAGUUUGAGGGAAUUCAGCAGCAGCAAAGCACUACUUCUAUGAACACAAAAGCAACAUUUGGCCCACGAGUUCUUCCCAAACUACCUCAAAAAGUGGCACUACGAAAGAUUGACACAGUCCACCUCCCCUCAGUGGACAAGUCUGGUCCUGAUGUGCUGCAGAAACCCCCACAGGCCCAGGACACUCCUCCCACUAGAGCUUCAGAUACAAUAACUAGACCCACUGAGCCGCCACCCAAAAUCCCACAACCUGCAGAACGCUCCCAGCCUGUGGAGGUGCCGCAGAAACCGCAUAUCUCAGACCUUCCCCCUAAACCGCAGCUGUCUGAUCUUCCCCCAAAACCACAAUUGUCGGAUUUACCUCCAAAACCUCAGCUCUCUGACCUGCCCCCGAAACCUCAGCUUAAGGAUCUUCCCCCUAAGCCGCAGCUCUCUGACCUCCCCUCCAAACCUAUGAUGUCUCCGGCAGCUGAGACUACACAGAGGCAAACAACGCAGGAGGAAACAAGUCCAAAGCCCCAGUUGACAGAGGUGCAGUCAUCCAGUCAGCAGGAGGAGCUCUCUCCAAGACAGGCCAGUGAGGACACUAAUGGAGCACCUGCAGGAGCUGUGGAGAUGCCAGUCCCGAUGCCACGGAAAAUAAACACAGUGGGCAAGAACAAAAUAAAGCGUGUGAAAACCAUCUACGAUUGCCAAGCGGAUAAUGACGAUGAGUUGACUUUUGUGGAGGGGGAGGUUAUAAUUGUUACAGGAGAGGAAGACCAGGAGUGGUGGAUCGGGCACAUAGAGGGGCAGCCUGAAAGGAAAGGGGUCUUCCCAAUGUCCUUCGUGCACAUUCUGUCAGACUGACAGCGUAUAAGCGGCAGCCGAGAGGCUCUCUAACUAGCACAAGCUCCGCUCUCUCUGGCCUCACACUGGACUGUGGGCAUUGCCUCUGUACAUAGCUGCUGAAACCCAAACGGUCUCCAAACAAACGAAACAUGAAGUAUCAAACCCAUGCUCCCUUAAUCUCAAGGGUGAAAUGUGUAAACUAUGUGUUGUUCAUAAACUGUGUUAUCCUGCCUACCAGUAUUAUCGUAGCCAUGGCAGCCCAGCAUGCCAAACUGGGUUUGCAGUAGCUAUACUUGGAAAUCUAGCACUUAACAUGUAUGCUGUAACUUUGUGUAUGUGUACACAUAUAGAAUUAUAUGUAUGUCCAUUUUAAGUGUGUCUUUGUACAUACAUAUGCACAGAUGUAAGUGUAUAUUUAUGUACGUAUGUAUAAUGUACAAGUGUGCAAAUGUAUGUUAACCCUGCUUGCUUAUGGAGCCAGAGUGACUCUAGACAUUUUAGUGUACUGUUUUAAAAGAAAAAAAGAUCAUCUCUUGAAUUUUUAGAAGGGGUAAAUGAUGAGCAAGAAUACUUAAAUACUAUACCAGUGUUGAAAUUCCCAGCAUAGUGGGAUUCUGGUCAGGGAUCAAAACCAAAAUGUAAAGGUUUGAACAUCUCAUCUACUACAUGUAAACAAUCAACAUAUGCAUUCAUUCGGUUUGCAUCACUUGCAAAAAAGCCAGAAAUCAUCUUUAUUUUGAAUGCUUCAGCGAGUAGGAGACCAACUUACAGCCCUAGAAAUUUGCUGGUGUAACGCUACCACUUUUCUAUUUAGCCAGUAUGUCCAUAUGGUGGCUGUGUCCAAGGACGGUACCACAUAUAACCAGUAAUAAUUUAAAGGGAACUCCAGGUAUUAAGACUUGUAUGGUUUAAUAUAACAUCAAUGAUGUCAUUUACUAAAAUAUGUAGUAGAAAACCCAUGAAAGAUUUAUGUUAUUUUAAAAAAUCCACAUCGUUUUAUACAUAUUUUGGACUAUGGGGGACGCCAUUAUUUUGCUGAUGUCAUAUGGUUGCGCUUAGUGAGCUACUGGCGCUACCUGUUACUAUUUUUAUCGUAACACAACUUUAGAAAAUAAAACACUGAUACGAUGACCACAGCUGCUGAAAGAGCUUACAUGUGGCGAUGGAUAUAAGCUAGGGCUGCCCCCUAAUAGUCGACUAACUGUUAGUCGAUGAGAAGAGGCUUGGUCAACCAAAUUUUUUUUAGUCGCGUAUUCGCAGAAAAAAAAAUCCACAGGAAUUGGCGAAGUCAUGCAAUCCGUGACGGACAGGACGUCAACAGCUGGAAUGGAUGAUGGGCAGGACAUCCAGUCGCUCGCCUGUCAUUCACCGACCUCAAAUAUGUAGCAACUUUUCAUGGCAGCUCAAUCUAAUGUUAACUUAAAAAACGUGCGUUAUUCAAGUGUGGAGUGCGAAAGCUGAAUAGUAGCACGCUCACUGCAUGACAGAUGGAGGCGUCGGUGUGGUCACUUGCUCUUAAAAUACUCCGUCAUUUUUGGUCAUUCAAAUAAAAGUAAUACAUUUUUCGAAUCUGUAAAGACUCUACGUUUAUUUGUGUGCACUCACAAUAACAAUGAAACAUUGUGCUUUUGUAAAAUAAUGAAAGAAAACUGGAUGCGCUUUCUGGCGUCUCGGUUUCUGUGAACGUGAGCGCAAACUCUGUGUAUUCCUUACCUUGACAUGAAAAAAUAUAUCUACAGAGAGUGAAAUGUCUACUUUUAAAUGAACCAAUUUAAAUAGAAAACAAAUAUUCUUAGAUUAUUUAAUCCAUAUGAAACAUGCAUACAGGAAGUGUCGCCAACUUCAUCUUUUAAGAUGAAAACAAAGAAAGCACUAGUUUAUCAAUGAAUUAUUAAAACGUUAAUACAUUCUCCUUGCUGUUUUUCCCUGACACAUUCAUAAUUACUAGGCUAUGUAGGCAAUUGAAGGCUCAUUAUUAUGAUUUCUAUGGUUUGUUAAUAAACGUGCAACUAAUAGUCGACUAAUGCUUUAAAUAAACUACUAGCCGACCAGAAAAAUCUUUAGUCAAGGGCAGCCCUAGUAUAAGCAUAGGCUGAAAUCCGUGCAGAGAAACUCUUUCAGUAGCCGCGGCUUCGUGAUAUGCAUCGGCAUGUUUACAUCCUGCUAGGAUGGCAUCUAGCGUUUCUUGUCUCUGCCGUUUGUAAGCUCUUUCAGUAGCUGUGCUCUACUAAAAGCCUCAAACGCAAAAGUGGAGAGAACAAAGACGUGGGUCUUUAGGAUGUUUUAUUCGUCCACAGGCAUCUUCCCAUUCUUUUCUCCUCUUCUUAUCGCUAAGAAAGCAAUGAAGACUUGCAUCACUUCUUUCGUUGCCCUUUGACUGGAAAUUACAACCAAAAGCCGCACAAUGUGGCAUUGUGUAAGUAUUUUGUCUUCUGAGUUGUGUUGUUGUAGAAAUAGCAACAGGUAGCAGCAGUAGCUCACUGACUGCAACCAUUUGACAUCAUUGAAUUAAUGACGCCGCCCCCUCCUCCAAAAUAUUAAUGUAAAUCUUUAUUGGGUUUUCUACUACAUUUAGUAAGAGACAUAAUUUUUACAUUAUAUUAAGCCAUACAAGUCUUAAUACCAGGGGAUUCCUUUAAGAAUGAACCACUAAAGAGCUCAAAUCGAUCAAACAUUUCCGUGACUAUUGUGGUUACGGCCUUGGUUGCUUCUGUGGGACCGCUUCAUUCCUUCCCCAUUGUCGUUUAAUGCCAAAUCUGACAAAACCGAUGCCUCAGCUCUGGGAAAGUGUCCUUGUCGAUAUUUUAUUAGGUCAUACAACCGGUACCUUAUUCAUCCGGUCUCUGGUUACUAGUCAUGAAUCAUGCAUAAUUUAUAAAGCGUCACUCUUACACGGAUCUGACCGGUCAAACGUUGUAUAAUAAUGGAUAUAUGUUGAGCAGAACACAAUCUGUUAAAGGUUGCUUAGGAGGAGUUUUGUUGUUUGCUUACAGUGACUGUGGAAUGUGAUUUCUUUUGGUUUGUUUUGUUCAUUUACGUUGAAAUGAGCUGCAAGGGGACCCGGCAGUGAGUGACUGACUCAGUAUGACUCAGAAUGAACUAACGCUGCCUCUUUUCUCGUUACCCUAUCAGGGAGACCAGCAUUCACUCUUGGUUUUUAACUCUUAUUGUAUUAACAAAAGAAGAUGUAUUAAUGAAUGCCACCUGUACUAUAUUUGAUGAUGAUAGUAUUUGACAUUUAUAGGGCUAAAGUGUUUCAGCAUGGAGAGGGAAGGAACCUUCAAGUGUAGUUUAUUAUGGGUUUUGUUUCUCUGUUUUAGGUCAUGUUACGAUUAAAUAAUAUUAACUAAGGAAUAAAUAACAGGAAUUCAGCACAAACAACAUCUCUGCUCCGUGAACAAGACUAAACAACUUCAAGAUUUGUGGUAUAAAGUUGUGGAUGCACCAUUCCUGGACUGUUUUCGUUUAGACCCCCAUGAUGAGCCCCACUGUUGGACCACGUCUAUCUGUUUUAGAUGUUCAAUCCAGCACAACUCCAGAUCAUGGAUUCUUGUGCUGCUAAUAUUGUAGCAUAUUGAAGUCUGGAAACAGUCGAAAGGACAACUUCACAUUUAAGUGAAUAAACUGGAUUCAGUCCUAAUGUUAAAUUUAGGAUGAAUUUUGCCACUCUCUCUUACCUUUUUUUCUGUGUUUGCUGCACUGUAAGUUCAGUCAGAAAGAAAAACAAACUUGGCUAUCAAGUCUUCGAAUCUUAAAAUAAAGACUUUACGUUGAAACCA